CUUGUUCAGUCUUUUGCUUUGUUGUUGUCACUUUUUGUUCAGGUUUCAUUACCUUCCGAUGGAUUAAAUUGUUGUUUAUUGUUGUUAAUUUAUUUCUAAUUGUUCAAUUUGUUAUUUGUGAUGGUCUCUAAGUACCGAUGGCAGAUGAAAUUGAACCAAAUAUACCAAAUGUAGCCUCAAAUGGUCUUACAAAAUCGCCACAUAAUGGAGAUACUGACUAUCUUUCCCAACAACAGCAACAAUUGUCUUCAUCAAACCAAACAACUAAUCAACCAAAUCAGCAGCAGUUGAUAUUUGAUGAUGUCUGUUUAACCAAUAAAGAAAGAAGUUCAACUCCAAGUUCAUAUUCAAGCCAAGAUGUUGGAUUAUCUGGAUCAUCUACUCCUUUAGGUACUCCUUUUCAUGCCUCCAAUGAAAGUCUAAUAAAAGAUUUACUUGGAUCAGGAAUAAGUGUUGGAGAUGAUGAUUCCGAUGACCAUCAUCAUCAUCAUCAUCAUCAUCUCCACUCUGGUCACCACCAUAUUGGAGCUUCAUCGUCAUCCUCAUCUGAUGUUAGACACAAUGAAAUGACGGACGGUUUUCUACUUGAUCUAAAGGCACUGGAGGCCAAUUAUGAGGCCAAAAUGUCAACAGUAAUUGAAGAGAAAACUGAUCUGGAAAAACAAGUAAUCGAUCUAAAGGAGAAACUGUUUCGCCAAGAAGAGGAAUUCAAAAGAACCGUUGAAGAUAUAAAAUUAACAUUCAACACACGGUUGGAUAAAUGUACCAAGGAAAGGGAUCUCUCAAGGAAAGAUCUUGAAUCAAUGGUGGUUAAAUAUGCUAAAAGUGAACGAGAUGUGAUCGUUUGCAAAAAAGCCAAGGACGAGGCUGAGAAAAAAAUGAGAGAAGCCAUCAAGGAAAAGGAAACACUGGCCAGUAAAGUAAAAAGCUUAACCUGUGAUAAAAGCUCUAUGAUGAAAUCAAUUGAUUCCAAAUUGACGGAGAAUAUUUUACUUCAGAAAGAGAUUGAAAAGAUUCGUGAAGAAUUGAAAGAUCGAGAUUUAAAAUGGAAACAAGCUCAAUCUAAAGUGAAGGCGGAAAUUGAUGAUCAUCAUGAGACAUGUAAAAAGCUUGGAAGUGCUUUAGCUUUAAUUGAGGAUCUUCAGAACAAAUUAAAAGCAUCAUCACCAUCAUACUCUGAAUCAAGCACAUUAACAUCACCAGAAGAUCGUAGUAGUAGAAGCAAUAGUAGACUAGGAAUGAUUAGUGAUUCUAAUGAUGUGAUUGAAUCCAAUAUAUCGAUUCCUCUAACACUGAGAACUUCAACAUCAACACACUCAUUGAGAGAAAUGGGGAGAGAAUCAAAUGACACCAAAUCCGAAUUAGCUAUUGGUACUGAAGAAAAGGUCGAUGAAACUAAACCUGAACUUAGAGGCUUAAAGGAUAAACUGAUAUCGCUGGAGGCAGAAAAUCAUUCGUUAACUCGUAAAGUCCAAGCACUGGAGCGGGAAAGGUUAGACCAUGAGGAGGUCGUAUUCAAAUUGAAAGAAUCAUUAAACAAACUAAAUGGUGAAAUACUCGAGUGUAACAUUAAGUUAAAAGAUAUGGAGGAACUACAAGUUAAUCUACAACGACAAAAGGAUAUUGUUGAAAGUGCAAAGAAUGAAUUAGCUCGAGUAUCAGAAUUGAAUACUGAAUUAACAACAGAGAUGGAAUCAUGUCGACACAAAGAGGGUGAACUUCUUGAAUUUACUGAAAGACUUACUGCUAAAUCGGUUCUUCUUCAGGCUGAACAUAACACUCUAGAGGAAAAAUAUACUUCAUUGUUGGAAGAUUUUAAUGUGAUUAAAAAGCGUCUCCAAGAAUUGGAAACCGAGAACUCGAAGCUCAAUGAAACAUUGACCAAAGAAAGAGGAGACCACGAAAAAGAGAUCACAUUGAUGGCUCGAAAAGUGGCUGAGAAAAUGGAAUUGGUCAACAAAUUCAAAACUCGAGUCGAAGAGAUUGAAAAUGAAAACAAAGUAAUGAAGAAACGGCAUCUUAAUAGUGUCCGAGAAUUGAAUAAGGAAUUGUUAAUCAUGAAGAAACACAUGGAAACCUGUGAAAGUGAACACCAAUCCUCGAAUCAUAGACGAGAUAAUGGAAACGCCAAUUCGGACUCAAUUAGUAACAGUUCUCGAAGCAGUUCGUCUUCUAAUGAUCUAUCAACAGCUAAAGCUACUCAACCGCCAACAAUUACACCCUCAUCAUCCUCAACAAUUAACUCUAGAAAUGAUAUUAAAUCAUUAGUUUCCACCUCUGGUCCUGGGAAUCAAAGUUUAGCAUCAACAACAGGAACAAACAACACUGGUUCAGCAUCUUAUGAUGGCGAAUCAUCAACAAUUAACAAAUCAACGUCGGGUGAUGUGACCGACAUUUUACCCAAUGUUGAUAAAUCGAUGUUAAUUAACAAAAUUUAUCGCCUUCAAAAAACAAUAGCCAAAAAACAGGAGAAAAUUGAUUUCCUCGAGGAGCACAAUCAUCAAUUGUUAUCAGAGAUGAAAAAGAAAACUAAAUUAAUCCAGAAUUAUAUUCUUCGGGAAGAAGCUGGUGCUUUAUCCACCAAUCGAAUGGACGAGAAUAAGAAACAAUUGGCUAAACAUGGAUCGACUGUGAUGUCUUCGUUGUACAAAAGUUACCCGACCGAUUCAGCGAUGACCUUAAAUCUUUCCCUCGAAAUCAACAGGAGGUUACAAGCAGUAUUAGAGGACACGAUACUCAAAAACAUCACCUUAAAGGAAAAUCUUAAUACACUUGGUGAAGAAAUCGCAAGACUGAUGCAACAGAAAACCUCAUCUGGAACCUCAACAAAACCUUUAUCAACUUAAUUAACGACAACAAUUAAGAGCAUUACCCAUUACCACCAAGUAAAUAGCGUUAAUAAUAUGGUAAUUUAUACAAAUUGUAAAUUAAAGUCAAUGCAGCUUUUAAUUUCCUGUUGACCAAAUCAAACCAAAAACAACAUCAAAAAGUGAAAUAUUUAAUUGUUUCAACUGCCUCCAUUUAAUCAGAAGCAAAUCUGGUUAAUGUUAAUUGUGAUUCCAAUUCCUGUACUCUAAAAGGAUACAUAACAUUUUGAUUCAAUAUUUAACAAUUAUCUCCUCUUGAUGAUCAAGAUUGUUCAUCAAUUUGAUCGUAACUUGCAUUUUUAUGUCACCAUUAUGAUCAUGCAAUCAAUCAAAUUUUCAACAAUAGAGAUAAUUUAAAGUUAAUCAUCGUGAUUAGUGAUCGUCAUCUUUUUCAUACUCAUUAUUAUCAUCAAAUUGUUUAACAUCAUCAAAGGAAAACUAUUUCCACUGUUAAAUUCCAACGUGAAUUUUAAAUUAAAUCAACGUUAAUUAAUGAAACAAAAAAAAGGUUUACAUCUAAUAUACUUUUCUUUGUCUUUUCCUUGUAUCUUUCCAAUUGAAACCCUUUGAGUUUUAUAAAGAAGACAGUAUUUUUUUCUUGAUUAUA